GUGCAGGAGGUGGAGCCAAGAUUAGUAUCAGCUGAGUUUCUUUAGUCCCACACUCACACACACACACACACACACACACACACUCUCUCUGUGUCAGGUUUGUGUUUGAGGGUUGAGGAGCUGUUGGAGGUCGUCAUGAUGUUCAGGGUCCACUGUUUACUCACAGCGCUGACCAUCACAUCAUUCAACAUAUGCAAAGGUGAGGAGUGUGAGCAGAUUACUGAUCUGGAUCUGAAACACUCUAUAAUCGGUACUCCUCUGACGGUUCGUUUGAUUCUCUACACACGUGAAAACGCCACCUGUGGGAAGUUGCUCUCCAACAAUGACCCAUUUGCCACGCCCACUUUUAAGCCUUACCGCCCCUGCACCUUCCUCAUCCACGGCUACCGGCCCACCGGAUCCCCCCCUGUCUGGAUGCACACAAUGGUAAAGACCAUGUUGAACAGGAGUGACGUCAACGCCAUCGUAGUGGACUGGAACCGUGGAGCAACCAACAUCAACUACUUCCAGGUGGUGAAGAACACACGCCCCGUCGCUGACAUCAUCACACAAUUCAUACAGAAAGCAAAUGUGCCUCUCAGUUCCAUUCACAUGAUUGGUAUAAGUUUAGGAGCUCACAUCUCCGGCUUCACUGGUGCAAAUUUUAAUGGAUCCAUCGGUAGGAUAACAGCUCUGGACCCGGCCGGUCCGUCGUUCCGGGGCAAUUCUCCAGAUGAGCGCUUGGAUCCGACUGAUGCUCAGUUUGUUGACGCUCUGCACACAGACAUGGACGCGUUUGGAUAUCGAGAUUCACUCGGACACAUCGAUUAUUACGCAAACGGAGGAUCUGAUCAGCCGGGAUGUCCCAAGACCAUCCUCUCAGGUUCAAAAUAUUUUAAAUGUGAUCAUCAGCGCUCUGUGUUUCUGUAUUUGGACUCGAUGAAUGAUUCUCGUCAGAUCACAGCGUAUCCAUGUUCUGAUUACUCGGACUUUCUGGAUGGAAAAUGUUUAAACUGCAAGCGCUUUAACUCCUCUGGCUGUCCAGUGUUUGGUUACGAUGUGAUCGAGUGGAAGGAGGUUCUGCUGCGACUCGGACAGACGACGACAUUUUUCACCACAAACAAAGAAGCUCCAUUCUGCAAAAGUGGAUAUCAGGUGGAGAUCGUAAGCUGGAACUUGGAGGUGCGAUGGGGCACCAUCACCAUCACACUACAGAACAGCACACAGGAGAUACAGACUCAGAUUAACCAUAAGUCGUUUCAGUUCCAGCAGUUCACCAAGACCACGUUAUUUGCGCAGUUCGAGCGAGAUGUCGAUUCUGUGGAGAAAAUCACACUGAAGUAUGUGACUUCAAACGUCCUGACACCUCGCUAUAAACUCCGCAUUCUCCGCUUCCGCCUGACUCCACUGAAGAAAGGACUGAGACCAAUGUGUCGUUACGAUCUCCUGCUGGAGGAAAACAAAGACGUUACUUUCAGACCCAUUCCCUGUCAUCACUCAAACUUCUGAUCCAGAUCCAGAACCCCAGCAGACCGAGCAGCACACAGUCGGAGUUCCUCACCGAUCUUCACCCUCAAGCUGUGGAUCUUCACCCCUUAAAUCAGACUGUACACUUUUACACCACACACUCUUAAACUGACUGUACACCAGUUUACACCAAACAGAAAGGACCCCACAUCACCUCACACCAGCUCCCAUCAACUCACACCAGCUCCCAUCACCUCACACCAGCUCCCACCAGCUCCCAUCACCUCACACCAGCUCCCAUCACCUCACACCAGCUCACACCAGCUCCCAUCACCUCACACCAGCUCAAACCAGCUCCCAUCACCUCACACCAG